AGUCGAGGAUGCUGAUCCCCCGCACCGGACAUGACCGCGCACAGGGCAACAGGAGAGGUUUUACGCACGAGUCCCUCUCGCGAUCCUAGGCAUCCGGCAAACUUGCGGUAGAGAAGCGAACCUGUUCUCAUGGUGGGCGCCUCAUCUGCCCGUCGAGGAGAGCGCGGUGAAGUGCUGGCCGAUUGAAUGUCACCUCCGAUCACCAUGGAUUACGGAAGGACCAUGGCCCCUCCGGUGCCCCCGCACAAUCCCCAACCCGCCCGGCCGGGGCAGGCGCAGGAGCGGCUGCUGAAGUGCGUCCUGCUCGGCGACGGAGCGGUGGGAAAAACCAGUCUGGUGGUCAGCUACACAACCAACGGCUACCCAACCAAAUACGUCCCUACUGCAUUUGAUGACUUCUCGGCUGUGGUUCAGGUGGACGGAAACCCGGUUAGACUACAGUUGUGUGACACUGCAGGACAGGAUGAGUUUGACAAACUCCGGCACUUCUGCUACAGUCGGACUGACGCCUUGCUGCUCUGCUUCAGCGUGGUCAGCCCCGCUUCCUUUCAAAACGUCUGGGAGAAGUGGGUCCCCGAAAUUCGACGCCGCUGCCCUCUCACGCCCAUCCUCCUCGUAGGUACACAGUGCGACCUGCGGCAGGACGUCAAGGUGCUGAUCGAGCUGGCAAGGCGGAGGGAGAGGCCGGUGCUGGAGGAAGACGCCAGAACGCUGGCGGAAAAAAUUGGGGCGGUGACGUAUGUUGAGUGCUCGGCGCUGACACAAAAGAAUCUGAAGGAGGUGUUUGAUGCGGCCAUUGCUGUGGGGCUGCGGCACUCUGACAGGAGAGCGCGACGGGAAAGGAAGGUCCGCAGCACAGCUGAUAAGAUGAAGAUGCUCUCCAAGUCCUGGUGGAAGAAGUAUGUGUGCGUCCAGUAGGGAGGGAGGAAAUGAUUUUCCCGUGACUGAUAUAAAACUGGAACUGCUGAUUUGUCUGGAGGACUUGACUUGGAUUUAAGGACUUCUAUUUUUACAUUCACCUGGACGAACCCGGAUGUGCUGGCCAGAAUGACUUUAAUUCAGAGGAGGAGCAGUUCUAUAGAGGCAGAGUGUGCCUGCCUGAGUUGUCGAGUGGUUGCGGGUUUAGCAUGGUUUCAUUUUGACCAUAAAAUAUCCUUUGUUGAUGCCUAAAAGACAGAGAGCAUAAGGCUGAAACCACUGUCUGCUGCUCAGAGCCAGACUGAACUCUUUAAAUAUGACUGACCAGCAUUCAACCAAAAAUUAUGGAGCUAAUAAAAUUUUAUGACACAUGGACUGCAUAUCAUAAUGGACUUGUCCAAAGCAAAUGUGAGCUGACUUGGAGGGGAGGUGUUCAGGCAGCGAUGUCUGUACUAAAAGUAUACUCCUACUUUUUGUCUGAUUUGAUACCCUUCUUUAACAAAGUAUAUUAUUUUUUGUAUUCUACACUGUAAUUCACCCCCCGACACUUCUGAUAGAUAGUUUAAACCCCCAGUUAGAGAUGCAAUAGUUCUACUGUUGAAAAUCAAAGCCAAUCCUGCACCUUUUGUUUCCCAAACCACAAGUGUCUAUAACUUCAAUGGCAACUUGUUAAGAGUCAGAUCAGAUAAAAUUCAUUUUAACUCAUUCUCUUUUGGAUUACAAUCAAAUGUACAUGAGUAUAAAUUCAUAUGAAAUCGAUGAGAUCUUGAGGAUGUGUACGGCUGGUUUGAACGGUGUAUGUUGUUCAUGAACUGUCGCAUUAGUCUGGCCAUUCACUUCUGUUUAACUAAAAACUAGUGUGGGGAUUUCUCUACAUCAGCUUGUAUCCGUGCCACAUUUCAAAGUGUUGAUAAAGCUGUCGCACUGUUAGUCGACCACACAGUUAGAGGUCUGUAAGCUCCUCACCAAUAGGUGAGUAUAGGUUGGUUGGUGUUUAACCUAUACUGGAUAACACAUGUAUGCUGUAGGUUUUGGAAGGUUUAGAAGUUUCCAUUGUUCACUUUGACUGAAAAGCUUUGCCUGAAAUGUUAAAGCCAGUUUGUUAGUUUUCAGAACUUUUUGUUAGUUACAAGGUUGCAGCAAUACGUUGGGUAGUGCCACUGUACAUUGCACUUAUUACACAGAGUCCAAACACAUUACUGACGUCUUGCCAUGCAAUGGCCUUUGGACCAGUUGUGUGGAAACUUUAGAGUUAGACACAGAGCAGGUAAAUGCAUCUUUGGUGGAUGAUCACAGGGUCUUUUAUUGUCAUUGUAGUCAGGGCCUUAAAUGGAUAAUUAUCCGUCUUUGUUGGUCAGCGUACCGGAGCUCUCUCCUCUUUUAAAAUUACACAGUAAAUGAGGUGAAAUCACCAAAGAGACUGCUCCUAUGUUUGCUUCUUAUUUUUCAGAAGCCUUUCAUUCAGCUCUGUCUAUUUAUCUGUUCCUUCUGGGCCAAUAACUGAUCGACAGCAAUACAGAGCAGAUGUAUGAAACAUGAUAUGUCAUUAUGUAUGUUACAUAGUAAUCAUUAAUGAUGUUUGUAAUGUCAUCAGGAUAAAUGUGUGUGUACAUAUAUAAGUGACUCAGUCAUUGGCUGUGCUGUCCAACUCUAAAUGAUACUCAACAGUAUGAGUGUUUCAGUGGGUGUCUGAUUCUGGCAUGAGAGCAGUUUGUUGAGCUGUAUGAGCGGAAAAAAAAUAAAAUGUGAAAUAUUUAACCUGUUUCCACUGUUGAUGCUUCAUUGGAGAUGUUAUCUUGACUGUCACACUUUAGAGGAUAUGAUAUAACCAUAAGAGUGGAGGGGGGGAGCUUAUUCGUACUUAGUCUCUAAGGUCAAAGGUUAUUAACGUAUGAAUAGGUGUUUUGACAGA